UCUGCCGCCUGCGCCAUGGGCGCGCACAGCCCGCCACGAGGAGCGGCACGGACACGUUGCCGCGCGGCACCCCACACGUGUACCCACGCGCGCCUCCCCCGCUCCGUUCAUAAAACCGAGGCCCUCGGCUCCACCGCUCGGCACUUCUCUAUCGUAUCGCCAGUCCAGCACGCAGUCCACAGCAAGCGAGCAAAGAGAAGAGAGAAGACCAGCUGCGAGGAGGAGAUGGGCAGCAGGCUUGACGCGCACACGCUCAAGGACGAGGUGGCGAGCAUGGACCGCCGCCCGCUCCUCGACCUCGGCCACCCGCUCCUCAACCGCGUCGCCGACAGCUUCAUCCGCGCCGCCGGAGUCGGAGCGGCGAGGGCGGUGUCGCGGGAGGCCUACUUCGUCGCAGUCGAAGGGAUGUGGGGAGACUCGACGGGGCUGGACAGCACCGCCAAGAGGAGCCAUUUCUCCAGCGCCAGAGGGGAUGACGGCCAGAAGUCGCUCGACGCAGUGGUUAAAUCGGCAAGCAAGGAGGCCAUCCAGUGGGGAUUGGCAGCCGGAGUCUACUCUGGGAUAACGUACGGUCUGAGAGAGGCAAGAGGACACCAUGACUGGAAGAACAGCGCGAUAGCAGGGGCGAUUGCGGGAGCGGCAGUCGCGCUGACCGGGGACAACGGGCACUCCGACCACGUCGUCCAUUUCGCCAUCACCGGAGCCGCACUGUCGAGCGCGGCGACCAUGCUCUCCGGCAUAUUCUAAGCGGCGGAACGUGGGGCUAGGGCUAUGAAAUUUGGAGCAACUCUUGAAAUGUGGUACUGUAUUUCCCUUAAUUUCUCCAUGUACCUUUGACAGUUUGUGCACUCUGUCCCAUCUGCUAGCUAGCCCUGGAACCAAGCAAGUCCGAAUUUCGUUAGAAUUUCUGCUGUAAUGUUUGCUCCUUUUGUUCUAUAUGUUCUAUUCGUGGCACUAUGCUCACGAGUUUGAGACCUCGAAUCCUCUAUGACCACAUGGAUGUCUAGAUGAGGAUAAGAGUUGCCGGAGUAAUGUUCUGCCGGGAGAUGCAAUGUUGUGUCUGAGAAGCCUGCAUGAGCAAGGGCACACUA